AUGUCGUUCGAUUUGUCCUCAGCUUCCGGUCUCGAAUCUUUCAACAAGUUCCUUUUGGAUAACUCCUACGCUGCCGGAUGGGUUCCUUCCCAAGCUGAUGUUGCCCUUUUCAAGGCUCUCGCCGCCGCUCCUGACGCCAAAUUCGAGAACGUCUUGAGAUGGUGGAAUAAUCUCAACUCUUACAGCUCCGAAUUCACCUCUCUCCCAGCUGGUUCCGCAUCCGCUGCCCCAGCCGAAGAAGAAGACGAUGAUGACGUUGAUCUCUUCGGUGACGAUGAUGAAGAUGACGAAGAAGCCGAGCGUGUCAAGGCCGAGCGAGUCGCCGCAUACAAUGCAAGAAAAGCCGCCAAAGAAGAGAAGAAAGGAAAAGUCAUUGCCAAAUCGAACAUCAUCCUCGACAUUAAGCCUUGGGAUGACGAGACCCCACUAGACAAGAUGGAGGAAUGCGUCCGAUCGAUCGAAAUGGACGGUCUUCUCUGGGGUACCGCUAAACUCAUCGCCGUCGGUUACGGAAUCAAAAAGUUGCAGAUCACUUGCGUCAUCGAGGACGACAAAGUUUCAAUGGACGACCUCGAGGAGCAAAUCGUCGCCUUCGAGGACUUCGUUCAGUCGAUGGACAUCGUUGCCUUUAACAAAAUCUAA